AUGGGUUCCUAUGAGGUACGUGGAGUCAAGCCUCGCCGAUUCCCAAGAGGACCAGUGUUUAUGUUGUUGAUCUGUUCUGCUUUUACGGAGGUUUCAGCAGAUUUCACCGAUCUGUUUGACUACAUUCCAAACCACGGCUUGCCUGGCCAUGAUGACGAGUUGAUCACCAGUAUCACCCCCGAAGAAUGUGCCCAGAAGUGUCUAGAGGGGACCACUAUUGUACCAGAGGGGGAAUGUUUGUCUUUUGACUACGUGAAGUCAAUCAGCAGAUGUCAGCUCAGUAGAACAGCCGGUCAGCCAUUAGUGUCGCACGACGACUAUGAUCAUUACGAAAUGAAAGAUAUUCUCCGCUUCUUCACCGCCUAUCCUGAUCAGGCCCUACCCCGACACGACGACGUAAUUGUCCGCCCGGCGACUGUAAGUCCCCGCACCUGCACCCUGCGGUGUCUGCUGGGAGAAGGGAGCCUAUCAGUUGGAUCCUGCCUGUCCUUUGACCUGGACAGUAACCCUGAAAGAUGUCUGCUGAGUAGAGAUAAUCAGGACACAGCCGGAGAAACAUUCGGCUUCAACGCGAGAUUUGAUCACUAUCAACGGAACGAAUUCUGUGUCCCCAACCCCUGUAUUCACGGAAACUGCACGAGCGAAGCAAAUGGCUACACUUGUACAUGCGACGUGGGAUGGGAGGGAGACGCAUGUGACACGUUUACAGCUUGCAGUCCCGGUGAAUUCGGGCCCGGCUGUAAUGGUACCUGUCACUGUCUGACUGGUGAUUCUGCCUGUAACAUCCAGACUGGAGCUUGUACUGGGGGCUGUGCUGCCGGCUGGAAAGGAAACGACUGUCAGACAGUCUGCAGUCCCGGUGAUUUCGGACCCGGCUGUACCGGCACAUGUAACUGUUUGAACGGAGAUUCCGCAUGUAACAUCCAGACUGGAGCCUGUAUUGGAGGAUGUGCUGCCGGCUGGAAAGGAAACGACUGUCAGACAGCCUGCACUCCCGGUGAGUUCGGGCCUGGCUGUAACGGCACAUGUAACUGUCUGACCGGAGAUUCCGCCUGUAACAUCCAGACUGGAGUCUGUACUGGGGGUUGUGCUGCUGGGUGGAAAGGAAACGACUGUCAGACGGUCUGCAGCCCAGGUGAGUUCGGGUCCAACUGUGUGAGCACCUGCCACUGUGCGGAUGGAGAUUCGGUUUGCCUCGCCGACACCGGGAACUGUAGCAGGGGAGGGUGUGCUGAUGGAUGGGAGGGGGACAGCUGUCAGAUAGAUGUAAACGAAUGUGAUACCGAUGUUGACAAUUGCCACAUCUACGCCACUUGUCUCAACAGUGCAGGGUCCUUCAACUGUUCGUGUAACCUAGGUUACCAGGGGAAUGGAACAUCAUGCACAGAACAAAAGGCAGUCGGUCUACCAUUGGUAGGGAUCAUCGUGGGUGUCGUAGCAGGUGUCAUUGUCAUUGGUGCAGUUGUCGCUGUGGUUUUCUAUCGCAGAAGAAAGAAUAAAGACGCUCCCAAACAAAGGAACGUACCACUAAAAAACAUCGGCAACCAACCAAAACAAGGUGGUGCAAGAAAUGAUGCAUUUAAUUCAGAAAACGGCAGGGACACAUCUACAUCUGAACGUCUAUCAGACCUCACCACAGUUGCAGACGUGCAAAGGUUUCUUAUUGCCAAUGGCCUACAAGAGUGUGCGAGAGCUUUCAGGGAGAACGACGUUGACGGGACGGCGUUACGCCAUCUUGAUGACGCGAUGAUGAAGGACCUCGUUCCUAUGGUUGGACCCAGAGCAAGACUGAAAGCUGUGCUACAGGGACUCAAAGGCUCAGGAACACUGAUAAUUCAUUUGCAUCACUACAUCUUCUACCUCACAUGA